AUGGAAAUACACUGUAAGCACGACCCGUUUGCAUCCAUGCAUAGACAUGGAGGAGUGAAUCAGCUUGGGGGGGUUUUUGUGAAUGGACGGCCACUCCCAGAUGUAGUCCGCCAAAGGAUAGUGGAACUUGCCCAUCAAGGUGUCAGGCCCUGCGACAUCUCCAGGCAGCUUCGGGUCAGCCAUGGUUGUGUCAGCAAAAUUCUUGGCAGGUAUUAUGAGACAGGAAGCAUCAAGCCGGGGGUGAUUGGAGGAUCCAAACCAAAGGUUGCCACUCCCAAAGUGGUGGAAAAAAUCGCUGAGUAUAAACGCCAAAAUCCGACCAUGUUUGCCUGGGAGAUCAGGGACCGGCUGUUGGCAGAGCGAGUGUGUGAUAACGACACGGUACCCAGCGUCAGCUCGAUCAACAGGAUCAUCCGGACAAAAGUACAGCAACCCCCCAACCAGCCAGGUGAUGGAUCCCUUGGAGCUGGAGUUACUGGCCCGCACCCCUCUCCUUCCACAGUGUCUACAGGCUCCGUGACGCAGGUGUCGUCGGUGAGCACCGACUCUGCAGGCUCCUCGUACUCCAUCAGUGGCAUUCUGGGCAUCACGUCUCCCAGCGCCGACACCAACAAGCGCAAGAGGGAUGAAGGUCUCCAGGAGUCUCCAGUGCCAAACGGCCACUCACUUCCAGGCAGAGACUUCCUCCGGAAGCAGAUGCGGGGAGAUCUGUUCACACAGCAGCAGCUGGAGGUGCUGGACCGCGUGUUUGAGAGGCAGCACUACUCAGACAUCUUCACCACCACAGAGCCCAUCAAGCCAGAACAGACCACAGAGUAUUCAGCCAUGGCCUCGCUGGCCGGAGGCCUGGAUGACAUGAAAGCCAACUUGACAAGCCCCACCCCUGCGGACAUCGGAAGCAGUGUGCCAGGCCCACAGUCCUACCCCAUUGUCACAGGCCGCGACUUGGCAAGCACGACCCUCCCCGGGUACCCUCCGCACGUCCCCCCCGCUGGACAGGGCAGCUACUCCGCACCAACGCUGACAGGGAUGGUGCCUGGGAGUGAAUUUUCUGGGAGUCCCUACAGCCACCCUCAGUACCCCUCCUACAAUGAUUCAUGGAGGUUCCCCAACCCAGGACUGCUUGGCUCCCCAUACUACUACAGCGCCGCAGCCCGAGGAGCAGCCCCACCUGCCGCAGCCACCGCCUAUGACCGCCACUGACCCUCAGAGCCAUGUGGGCACAAAUUCUUCAACGCGUAUCAUUGAGGUAGACAGCUUCCUAAUCCCCCAGACAGACAGAGGGGCCCAACAAUGCCGUCUCCCACCCCAUCCCACCCACAGCUGAAGCAUCCUCCCCUCCAUUUUUCCCUGCCUAGGAUCCAGGUAGGGCUGUUGGACUUCUGGAUUCUUAUCCAUUUCAAGAGUCAAUUGACAAGCUUCUCCCAGUGGUGACAGGGUCUCUGCUGUUCUGAAGACCAUUGCAGCCAAGCCCAGCCUACCAGUCCUCCUGACUGUCUGACCAUCUGUGGGUUUCAGCCACGGCAGACCUACAAAGGAGAGCUGGCUUUUGUUGCUUCCCAGCACCCAUGUAAAUACCUUCUUCUUCUCUGUGGCCCUGAAGGUCUGACAGAGCAGAUUACCCACAAUGCACCACAGGCUAUCUUCCACCUCUGCACAGAACACCCUUCCCUCUGCCCUGGUGCCCUGUCAGGUAUCUCAAAGCCGUCUUUGAUACUGAUAGUGGCCACCUUGAGGAUGUCCGGCCUCUAGUCCACUUCUCGAAUAUCUACAAGGCUCACUGGUGGU